AUGAUGGUACAAACAAACCCACAUGCAGUAGCCUUUUUGGCCAUCAUGGCCAGUGUGAUUCAUCCAGCACAGGCCAACGAGUGGACUGGGUGGACUCGCACAAAAUUACUGGCCCUGGCAACAUCUUACUUACCAAACGGCUGCGAUCCGGAGGGUACAACCGGGUUAACGUCAUGCUACGAGACAUAUGUCCCGGGUGUUCCUUACACGGUGAAGCAUACCAACAUUCCCCCUGGUGCCACACCGACGAGCAGUUCAACGUACACCAACCGCGACUGGGACAUUAAAAUGGCCACCAUCCUCCUGCCCCCGGACGCCGUCCCCCGGUCCGAGAUUGACGGCUGGUACUGGUUCCGAUCAACGACAACUAGGCCCCCAUCUACGAGCGACCUUUGGUGGAUUGACCACACCCUCACCGCCCCAGCCAGCUGCCCAACUCCAUUCGAGUUCACCACAUCUCAUCUGCUCAGUUACUGGGGCGACCGCCUCCCAUCCGAGUUCCUCGACGAGUACAUGCUCCCCAAAGCCACCGUCUUCCCAGUCUAUACAACCACACCCUCCUAUAGGGGAGCCUACCCGUCACCAGUGAGAGAGAUCCACGUCAAGCCGACGGAUCUACCCCCAACCCGCAGCGGUGGACUUCCUCGCUACGGAGAUGCAGGCUUUGUCAUAUCGGAUCUCAAGAGCUUCAAUCAAUCCUAUAUCACACACUGCCAUCUUCCUGGCGAGCCGCGACCCUGCCCUUACAGCUACGCCGGGAAGUGCAGCAAAAUCGAGCCGUGGAAGAUCAUUGUUGCGGCUGUUAUCCCGUCCAUUUUUCUUCUUGGGUUCGUCGAAAGUUUCUUCUGGUUCAGGCGGUUGAUGCUGGGCAAGUCGUGUCUCCGGUUGGGAACGGUGUGUUGGAAUCUGAUCUUCAUUUUUCUCGUCUUUUUCACGGCGAUAGAGGAUAAAAGAAGUCCAGAGCAUCAGGCCGACUUCAGGGAGCAGUGGAAGAAGAUGUCGCUCAUGACAAAGAUCAAGUUAUGGGGCCAGUUUGGAUUUCGGCAUCGGUAUCCGGUGGAGUGGUUGGGAGAAAGGAAGCCGACGGGUCGGGUCACGGAGAGUAUCGAGAUGACAAGAGGUGGCGGUAAUGGAGGAGCUGGGAGAGGAGGACAGCGGGUGGAGGAUGAUGAUAUACCUCCAGCUUACCCUGGUCCUCCUGCGUAG